AUGAGGAGUCUGAGGAUGAGGAAGAGAAGCGUCUCAAGAAACUCACCUCUUACCAAGAGGACUGCAUGUGACUGUGAAGUUCUACGUAUGCAUGAGCACAAAAGCUUUGGCAAGUUCGGGGACUCCUUGCUGUCCAAGGCUGCCAAGCUCGCGGAGGUGCUUGCCGAACUGGAAGGCUUUGUCGAGGAAGGCAGCAAGAAGUCGGAGCAGAAACGCCUGGCUCAGUCUAUCCGUGGCCUGGAAGAGGCUAUCGCAUGCCUGAAUGCAGAGCAUGAGAAUGUGGAGGCUCAAAAGGUCAAUUCUCAAGAGCUGGCCGACAAGUUGCUGGCCAAGAUGAAAGAGCAAGUGAGGACACUUCUGAAAGCAUUGACAAAGGCGGCUGAGGAGAAGGUGCAUUUGGCACAAAGUGCCACGCAGCUGCUGAUCAAGUGCGCAGACGGCUCUUGGAAGCCUAAUCCGUCGUCGGAAUCUGGGGACGACACAGCCGGUCAUCUCCUCAACGAGCUGGCCAGCAUGGUUGGCAGUGGUGCGGUUUGCAAGCACACGCUGAAGGUGGCGCAGGCUGCAGUCAAGGACAACCCCAACAGCCAAUCAAGUGCCUUGCUUCAAUUUGCAGCAGUGAGGUCUAAGGAUGCGGAGUCGGGAGCGCACCGCAUCUUUCGGCAGCAUGGUCUCGCAGUCAAUGUGACAAUUGAUCGGCUGGAUCUAGGGAAUGCCCCUGUGUUGAAAAGUUUCCCUUUCAUCAAACUUUCAAGCUGGGUGACCUACCUUUUGGAUCACAACCUCCUGCACAAGCUCACGGGCAUUCAGGAUGAACUUUACAUGGGGGAGGUUUUGGUGGAGUUUUGGGCACGUUAUCGAGCCCUGUUUCCACAACAUGAUCUGUGGAACCACUCAGACAUCGACCUGUCCAGGGCGAUACCGGUGUAUACCCACACGGACGAGGGGAGAACAUACAAGAAACGACCGUUACUUGUUUUCUCAACCCAUGGAUGUUUGGGUUUGGGAACCCAACCACAGCACAGGGCGCAAGCCGACGAUCACAUGGUGGAUGGGCAGGACAUCCCCUUGGAAGAUUCUGAGAUGAAUAUGAAUUUCAUCGGCAACACGUGGAGUACUCACUUUAUCCAUGCGAGCCUUCUCAAAUCCGUAUCAGAUGAUGAACCUCAGGCUAUCCCGGGAAUGAUGAAAGAGUAUGCGGCAGACCUGCAAACUCUCUACAAUGUGGGUGGCACUGACAGUCGCGGACAGAGGCGGGUGUGGAUCGUACAUUGUGGCACCAAAGGUGAUCUUUUGGCUUUGUCCAAGCUUGGAUCCUUUACACGGGACUACACUCGCAUGCCUCGGGCGGGCCAGUCGAAGCAGUUGGCUGUUGGCAUUUGCCAUCUCUGCCAAGCUGGACGUGAGUUCGAGGACCCAGCGGGGAAUGUUCCGUUUGAAGAUGUGUCUUCACGUGCCAGGUGGCAUGCAUCCAUGCACCAGGAGUACCCGUGGCAGCAAAUGCCCCCAAUCCUGGAAGGAGUUCCCCGAAAUGCUCCUGGUGAAGAGGCGGCAUUUUUUUGCCUGGAUCUAUGGCAUUGCUGGCACUAUGGGCUAGCAAAGGUUUUCGUGCCCAGCGUGUUGCUGGUGUUCCAGGAAACACUCAUUCCGGGUAGCAGCAUCGACAAGAGGCUAGAGUGGAUCAAUGAUGAUUGGAAGGCCUACUGCAGGAGCCACAAGUUCGCAGCCCAUGCCAUUGACAUCAACAAGGAUACGUUGGGAUACAGUGGUUCCAACUUCCCUGCUGGUCAUUGGAACAAAGGAGCCAUCAGUGCAACGUUGAUGUACUACCUCGAGUUUCUUUGCACUUUCUUGGGUGUGGACAGUACUGCCGUGAACCCACUCCACAGGGAGAUUGUUGCUUGUGUGUAUUUCGUUGUUUUGGCGAGUUUUCACAAAUCGCUGCUUUGUUUUUUCACACAUGUAUAUGCACAUAACUCUUGCUCGAAACACCCGUAG